AUGAACGUCGAGGCUGUCGCAUCAUCCUCAUCUUCCGCUCACGCGACCCAGGAGGUCGCGCAGAGCAAGGGCGGCCGGACACCCGGCAAGGCUCACAAGUCUGCCAAAGCGCCCCUCCGGAGAUCAUACAUCAGCGAGUCGAUCAAGACGCCAUUCGCCAAGCGGAUGGAGGAGGAGCAGAAGAAACAGGCAGUCAAGGCGGUGGAGAAGGAGAUGAAGGACGACAAAGAGGCGGAUCGGCAAAUGAAGAGGGAUAGGCUGAAGGAACGGCGAGACAGGGAGGCGGAGAAGAUACGGCAGGAGCAGAUGGCGGCCAAGAUGUCCGCAAAGAAGCUGCAGCGGAUGAAGAAGACACAGGAGCCGAUCGACACCUCGACCGAGGAGGCGGAAGCGGAGCAAUUGCAUCGAGCCAGGGUGCUGUCGCUCAACAAGACUGCGCAGAAAACCACGGACGACUUGGCGAAGACCGAAGAAGAAUCGACUCAUCCGGGGAAGAGGCCACCCCGCCGUCGUCAACAGCAGACCGUGAGCCUUGCGGCACUCCUCGGCGGCUCGGCGUCGGACCGUGUGCCAGGCACCAUGACUCCGCCGCCGACGGACAGCAAUCACGCCGGUACCAAGGACAACACGACGAGGGUCAGCGAGGCGAUGGCAUCCUCCAGCGGCGACGCGCGGAAGUACCAGAGCGAGAGUGGUGAGACCGCUCGUCCGACCCAGACGUUCCGGGAAUUCUGGAUCGCGAAGCACCGUCAGACUCAUCAGACCGGGACGGACGAAGCCAGUACCGAGAGCCCUCUGCGUGCCGGCUACGGUAAAUCGCAAAUGGACGCCGCAAAGGAUCUCCAGGGGAUGAGGCGGCGAUGGCCUUGA